CGCCAAGGGAUAUCACGUGGCCUCCCUGUUAAGUUAGAAUCUAGUAACAACUUAACUUUCUAUGCCUUAAAGUUUCCUACAGACGUUUCAGUCCACUUGGAACCUGUUAUAAACGUACACUAGAAAGAACAAUCAAUUCGCUGUUCAUUUUCUAAGUCGAUUGCCGUUACCUAAGACUCUAAGUACCUCCGAGGUGGUCCAAGAACGACCUGAAAUGAAUAACCUGGCGGGGAACAACGCAUCUAUGACAUCAGAAUUGUCAUUGCUAUUAUCGAUUGUGGUGAUUCAAUGUGGUUUACUUAUAGUAAACAUGAAUGUAAAUUGAUGACUAAAUACAUUUCUAUAGGAUAGGCCACAGAAAUGACUAGGUAGGUCAUACCGACGUAUAUUCGCCCCAAGAUACAAUUUGUAUAAAUAUACAUCAUUUCGUGGCCUUGGCCGUCUUAAGUCUCUUUUAGACUAAACACUCUAUAUCUCAUCUUCAUAUGCAAAGCUAAACACUAUAAUACGGUUUAUCUAACUCGAAUACAUGAACCAUAAACCCCAUCCCCAACCCCUAUCUUAGCCCCUAUUCCCAUCAAACCCAUACACAGCCAUGACAACCCAUCAACACCCCCAUCACGUUCCCGGAGGCCCACUUACAGCCGAAGACAAAGUCCUCGAGACCGGCGCCUCCAUGAUCCAAGACUUUCAGCCCGUGAAGCAGCUCUGCGCCCACCUGAACGCCUUCCACACGUACGCCGACGAGCCCGGCCGGUACGUCGAGGCGAACCACUACUGCGCUCACCUAACCGAAGACGUCCGCCAAUGCAUCCUCUACGACAGCCCGGGCCCCAACGCGCGGCUAAUCGGGAUCGAGUAUAUGAUCACCCCCAAAUUCUACGCCACGCUGGACCCGGAGGAGCGGAAGCUCUGGCACUCGCACGUGUACGAGGUGAAAUCCGGGAUGCUCAUCAUGCCGGGCCCCACCACCGUCCCCGGGGCGCAGCAGGCGUGGGAGGCCGCCGAGACGCAGGAGAUGAAGCACGUCAUCGGGCUGUACGGCAAGGUGUAUCACUUAUGGCAGACGGACCGCGGCAACGCCUUGCCGUUUGGCGAGCCUAAGCUCAUGACGAGUUUCACGGCCGAUGGUCAGUUCGACUUCGAGAAGGCGGUGGCGGAUCGCGAUAAGAGGUUCGGCAGCGAUUGGAAGCGGAAGAAGGAGUUGAGGAAGGAUAUCGAGGUGCCUCAGAUUCACCCAGACGCUGAUGCGGCUUGGAAAAGACGAAAUUCUAUGUAGGUACCAAGGAAAGGAGAGCAGAAAGGAGUGGGUAUUGACCAAUUGUCUCUACUCUCACUUGCUAUGUGGAUAUUACGCUUACUAAGAAAUGAUUAUUGACUACAGAGAAUAGCUAAGCUUAGGGGUUAUCGCGCAGCUUGCUUUAGGUAUUCUAAUUAACAC